AAUGCCGGACCCAACUCAAAAUUCGAAUCUGCCGCAGCUGCAAGAAAUGAACUGUCCUUGAUUUACCAAUUUACCGAUCGUCUCUUCAUCUCCCCUCCAGCUCACUCAAAAUCACAAAAGACAGUCAUCUCCACGCACCAUGGAGCCCGAAGAAUCCGAAAACGAUCCCAUUGUCGCCUCCUACGAUGUCAUUCUCAACCCGUCUCUCCCCGGAAACCGCAAACUCUGGGUACUCCAACAACCCAACCGCACCGACAUGAACCAGGCGCCUCCCUCGGCCAUGCGACUAAAACCUCGUUCCGGCAUGGUCGAGGUCGAUAUUCCCCUCGAUUACCAACGUUCUUACGAUAGGGAUAAGGGCAUGCACUGGGGCCGCCAUCUGAAGAACUCGCUCGCCGCGAAGAACGGUGGAUCUCACGGUCUCGCCGGCGGCUUUGGUAUCGGUGCAGUGCCCCCGAGGGCUAAGAAGCGCGAUGAGGACCGCGAUGACGAUCUCAUGAUGGAUUGGACAGAGGCUUUGCGACAGGAUAAAGUCUUGAGGACGCAGUCCCUAGGGGGUACUUGUCCGGAAACAAAAGAGGUUCAGCAUAUGAUUGGCGUCUUUCAGGGCAACGAACUUCACCUAACCCCCGUCUCCAACCUCGUACACCUCCGUCCUCAGCUCCACCACGUCGACGCCGUAACCUAUCAAGAACGCCUCUCCACCAACUCCUCAUCCACAAAAGACGGGGCAGCAGGCGGCAGCGGCACCGGCGCGGGAACCGGCCCCGCCAAAGCCAUCCACAUGACCAUCAAGCAAGGCGGCGACAACGAGGUCAGCACAACCGAGACCAUGCUGGACCGCCUCCGCGCCGUGCAGACCGAACCGUGGCGCCAGCUCCGGUAUACGGACGAGAACGACGAGGCCGCAUGGGACGUCUACAACGAGAGCUUCAUCCUGCGCCACAGGGACGCUUCGAAAGCGACGACCGCCGAGGAGGACCUCCCCCCCGAGGGGACCGCCGCCACCAAGGAAGCUGUCGAAGAAAAAACAGUCCAUCCUGCCGACCGUGCGGGGAGGCUGUACACCACCUGGGGCGAUGAGGAGCUGCUUGAGGCCGUCAGCGGCAUUGUCAAGCCCAGGGGCCCUACCAAGGCCGAACUGCAAAAGAAAGCGGAAGAGGAGGCGGCCGCUGCGGCGCAAGCCGCCAGGGAAAAGGCGGAAAUGGAUGCGAGAAGGGCAGGCCAAAAGACUAGAGGCGGUGCGCCCAUGGCUCGUGGUCGUGGUGGUCGAGGACGGGGGGCUCCGGGACGGGGGGGAAGCUCUGUUAUGGACCUCACAUAACAACAUGGCAGUAGUGCAGGGAGGACUGGCAUACGUAAUUACGUUUUCUGCUUUGAUACCCCGAGCAAUGAGGCAGGAUUGAGACCAUUCAGUGGCAUCAUGCAAGUCGUGAGACGGGUGCGUGCUACAUGGAGCACUCACCGAUUCGUUAUAAGCCUAGCACGCACGCCAGAAGCUGCCAUGUAGGUCGCAUCGCAUAGUACAGUACAUGGAUUCGGGAUGAAAUCUCCCCGUCCACGCGUCGCC